AUGUGUGGCACAGUUCAUGAGGCAAUUGAUGCAGUUGGACUCUUCUACGCGGUGGAGUCAUUAGAGAGCCUUUGGAAGGCCAGUCCUGCUGCUAAUGAGAAAGUCGAAAAACAAAUUUUGCUCAGGGAGAUUGAGAUAUUCCGCAAUAUGAAACUUGAUGAUAACGUUUGUGUGGUUGACAAGGUUCUUCUUCAAGACCUGGCUCCUCAAGAUCCGAGAUCCUCUGACGACCUUUUUGCGGCGCCCACACGUACGCUGGCCCCGAGAGCUUCAUGCCGUCCAGGAAUGUACUUGGUAGUUGGUGUUUGGGCUAGCAGUGUGGUCGGUUAUCUCUCGAAUUUACCGAUGGGAUUUCCCAACGCCCCCAAAGUCCUUGGGACCCUAGACAAUGGUUUAGACUUCUCCCCGGGCUCACCCCAUCUCUGGACGCGAUUCGGAAAACCCUUGGAGCAAUUGGCUAGGACAAUGGACAAUGUUGAAUGCCGCGCCAGAUAG